CAUUCAAAUGAGAUGACGAUUUACCAUUGGAAAGCUUCCAGAAGAUGACCCGCCUUCUCCCGUGAUCAAGUUCAGUGGGACUUUAGCUGCCGCUGCUUGUUCUUUGCCUUUCUGCCCAAUCCAUCGAAUCGAACCAAUUUGUGAAGCGAAUUCGGACCUCUGUAGUUCACAGUCCCCGACUGUCGCUCGCCCCGUCCGUGCUGUCUGAUCCCUCGCUCUCCAAUCAAAUAUAUACUCGUUAAUAACAACCAAAAAAUGGAUAAAGUGGAUCUUAUCCAGAAGGCCAAGCUGGCAGAACAAGCCGAGCGUUACGACGACAUGGCUGAAUGCAUGAAAGUGGUCACGGAGAAGGGCGACGACUUGACGAACGAGGAGAGGAACCUGCUGUCCGUCGCCUACAAGAACGUGGUGGGGGCCAGGCGGUCCUCAUGGAGGGUGCUCUCCAGCAUCGAAGCCAAGUCUGACGAGAAGAAGGUCCAGCUGGUUAAGGAAUAUCGGGAGAAGGUGGAGAAAGAGCUGCAGGACAUCUGCAAGAACGUUUUGACACUGCUGGAUAAUUAUUUAAUUGGAAACUCCAAACAAGAUGAGAGCAAAGUGUUUUACCUAAAGAUGAAGGGUGACUACUACAGAUACCUCGCCGAAGUUGCUUCUGGAGAUGACAAAACAACUAUAAUCGAAAACUCGCAGAAGGCAUACCAGGAUGCGUUCGACAUCAGUAACACGAGCAUGGAACCCACACAUCCCAUCCGCCUGGGCCUGGCUCUUAAUUUUUCAGUUUUCUUCUACGAGAUCCUCAACUCUCCAGAAAAAGCUUGUGAACUGGCUAAAAAGGCGUUCGACGAGGCCAUCGCUGAGCUCGACCAACUAAACGAGGAGUCUUACAAAGACAGCACCCUCAUCAUGCAGCUCCUCAGAGACAAUCUGACACUAUGGACAUCAGACACCACCGGCGAGGAGGGCGAAGCCGGAGAAAGAGGCGACGGCGGCGAAACCGAGAACUAAAAGAACAAGUCCGCGAUCUCCAAAAACGACAAAAGGAUUAAAAAAAAAAAAAAAACUUUUUACACAUCCGUCAUUCCUUUAUUUGCUCCAAUCCAACAUUCUUCCGAUGAAACCCAUUGCUGAAAAGAAAUCAUGUAAUCAUAUAAAAAAAAUAAUAAAUUGGAGAAAAGAAGAAAAAAAAAAAACAGAUUAGGAUGACCUGUAAAAGUAAAACCCUCCAUUCCUUUGGUUUGUGUGUGUCCUGGCCUUUCAGUAUGUGCAAUUUCAGCUGUAGAAAAGUAUUGAUAGCUUGACAUGGUAUUACGCUCUUUCCUAAAGUUAGAGGCAGAAACCCUCCCGAGUCCCAUCCGACAACUGGAAAAUCAUUUUCUGCGGAAGAUUUCGUUUCCAGGUUAGGCUUUGUUCACACUAUGACGUUUUUUCUGUCCUGCAAAAUCCGAUAUGUAACAGCGAAAUUCAAUUUAUUUAGAUAUUAAUCAGAUACGAGUGUACAUCGUCAAAAGAGAACGUGCGAAUCGGACAAACGAGCCGAAAACUGGAGGAAAUCUUAGAUUCAAGUUCAAUUUUUGUAUUGCGAGAACACAAAAACUAAAGAUUUCAACCCCCUAAAAAUCUGCAGUGUGAACAUAGCCUUAGUUUUCCAUUUCCUGCUGUGUCUAAAAAAAAAAAAAAAAAAAAAAGUGGUACGGUUACAGCAUCUGAAAUUCCACUUCAGAUAUCAUGCUGCAGGGAAUGCCAGUGUUUGACGCAUGCUGGCAGCAAAUACUCAAUAGUGCCCAACGGAUGAAUCCUCACUUUACGAUGCCACUCGUUCACUGAAGCAUGUCUGUUUUGGGGAGGGCGGGAAUCACGGGGCCUCGGCCGACCGACACCGUUUAAACGGGAAGAUGAAGGCAAUUCUGUCAUUGCAUGUCUCGAGAUAUUACACUGGAAUGGGAACAAAUGCUGUAACACACAAGUUCAAGUGUCAAGUUGAAUAUUUUUCAAUGCAGGUUUGUACACGUCCUAAAAGAGGGUGGUCUGUUUGUCUGUCCAGUGAUUGUCAUUAGAGAUUUGGACCACUAUUGUUUUGCUAUUCAUUCAAUUGUAGUCCCCUAAAGCCUUGUGAAACCAUUUGAAUCCCUGUGUAACAGCUAUGUUAACAUGAAUAAAUCAUUUUAUAAACCAUU